AUGAUGAAACUUUUCAAACAAGAAAUCCAAGACAGUUCGGAUUGCAGAGAAAGGAAAAGGUUAGUUUGGGCCAUCGCAGCUUUACUCUUCAUGGGUGCAUUCAGAAUACACGAGCUGCUCGCGAGAACAGAGAAUGUUUUCGACCCCAACUUUACCCUGCUCACGAGAGACCUGCAGGUAAAAACUGUCAAGAUAAACAACGAAACAAUCAAGAUCAUACAAGUUAAACUCAAGUCUCCUAAAACAGACAGAAUAGGGGUGGACACCAUUGUAGAUGUUUACGAAUCCUCCGGUCCCCUGUGCCCAGUGAAAGCACUGCUGAAAUGGCAAGCGGUAGCUUCACACAGAACCAACAAUUCACCAGCGUUCCGAGACGAGCAAGGGAAACCUCUUACUGGAGCUAGAUUUAACAAAUACCUGAAAACCUACUUGGGGAAAUACCUAGAUCAAAAAGUCGGGAAAAUAACUUCCCAUUCCUUUCGGGCCGGCAUGGCUUCUUUACUAGGCACCCUGGGUUUCACUGACGAGGAAAUCCAAGCAGUGGGCCGCUGGAGCAGCAGAGCUUUUAUGAACUAUAUCAAAUUGCCAAGAACCCACAGGCUAACCAUGGCGAGAAAGAUCGGAAAGCUAAGUCUCUAG